GAAGCUAGGAGUAAUAUUGACAUUUUUUAUUAUUAAAUAUUAGUGGUUUUAGUCUUUUCAGAAUCUAUACGACCGUCUUGUACUUUUCUAUUUGAUGUCGUUAUGCGUACGUAGUUAUUACUGUACUAUAGCGCUGCCUGCUCACUCGACACCUAGGACAAAAUAUCGGUUAAUUCACAUUAAUCUGAUGUCUUUUGUGCUCAGGAUUGUGUUUAUCGGUCUGAAAAUCAUAUCUCUGAGUAGGAGUGCCGUUGUAAUUGAAUCUCCCAGCAAGUGUCAAACUUGUCACUAGGCUGUUACCUCGAUCAACUGGAAGAUGAGCUGGGACCGCCAACUGAGUUCCAUUCUUUCUGCAGCUGACGACAGCGUGGCCAACAUGAGGGGGACGCUGUCCUCACUGAGGAACUCCAGCAAAAGGGAAGAAGAGUCAUUUCCAUUCAAGGAGAAGUUUCAUGAUUCAGAUUUUGACAGCCACGCCGUUUGCGCUCCAUCACCUAGCGUACAGCAGCUUCACCGUGUCAUUCCCGAGGUCCAGUGGGCAGAUGUAGCCUCCAUCCAGUCUCAGCUGCAGACACAGAACCAGGCGAUUGAGUCACUCACCAAAAAACUCGAUGACAUGGAGCGGAAUAAACAGUCUCAGCAAUUUCAUAUCCAGACGCUGCAAGCGGAAGUUGACAAGUUGCGCGAAGAUCUGAGAGGGAGGAGAUGUGAAAAAGAAGACAUUCCAGGAGUGGAGCGAGAGAUUACCGAUGUUGGAGCAGCCGCCUUCCCUCAGACGAGCUGGAGCUCAAAGGUGUGCCGAGCGGAGCUGGAACACCUCUGCAAAGAAGUAGAUCAGCUGAAAACCCGACUGAGGAGGCAAGAGGAGGCGAUGAUGCUCCUGGAGAAAGAGGCCCGAGAGAGCCGGCGACAGUGUCAGCAUAGCAGCGAGACGAUUCAGGAGCUAACGGAUUGCUACAAAUCUCACAGCUCAGAUCUGGCCAAAAGUGCUUUUGAGUAUACACAAAAGGAGAUCCGCCACAUCAGCGCCACCGUGUCAGAACUUGAGGGUGAGGUCAUACGCCUGCGUGAGCAUCAAGCCAUGCUACCAGCAAUGGUCCCAAAUGGCUCGCCCAGGCUCGGCGAAAGGCUCAAAGUUGAAGAGGCCAAGCAGGACUUUGACUCAGAGGACUUCAGCCCUACUGUGAGCCUGGCUGAGAUCAGCUCAGAAAUCUCACUGCUGGAUGAUCUGCGUGACUCAAACACAUUUCAAGCUCUUGAGCAUCGGGGUGUUCCGUCCAGAGUAAAGAGUGACUUCCUAGACGAGGAGGAGUAUGAUGAUGAAGACAUCCUGGAUGACGACGAUGAUGUGAACCCGGAGCUCGGAUCUGACCUGAGUCUGACGGACCUCUGAUCUUCUUUUUUUUUUUGUGAGUGCUUACUCACGUGAGGGGAAGGAGAGCCACACUUCCAGACGCUCCUUUCAGUCAUUAAGUGAACAGCAAAAUAGUGAGCAUGUUCACGCAGAUGCUGCUGUUGUCCACGGCUCUCACCCAGAGACUCUUUCGCAGACCCACCUCUUAGUGAUUGGAGAAAAACUCUUGGACCAGAUGCCAUUAGAAGAGUCCAUAACUACUGGGGGCACGUCAUCUCUCCGGCAAGUGUAUGCGUGAGGUCGCCUCGGAUUUUACCGGCGAGUGUGCAUGUUCUGCCCGGUAUUUUGUCAUCUACUCUUCCGCGUUACUCGGCAGGCGGGCUCCGGUCAUCUUGCCAUCUAGUGUAUGCGCAAACAACAGCAAGCAUCUUACCAGCACGUAUCAUUACGCUCAGUAGGCUGGCUUUCAUCAUCUCACCAGGAAGUGUACGCAUAACAGUGGACUGGAGCUUGCCGGCGACUGAUUGUAACUGCAGGGUGGAGCUCUCGUCAGCUUUUGGUUUCUACUUGUAGAGGUAGAGCCCAAAGUGUGGAGAGAGGAAAGCAAGCGCCCGUAAAGAAUGUUUUCACUGAUGGAGGCAGGGCUACAUACACGACUAUGUGUCGCGUGUACACAAAUACCUGGUUUGUCGGCGCCGACCAUAAAGAGCGAAAAACACAAAACACAUUUCAAAUACCCUUUAAUAGUCAUAAUAAUAAUUGUCCAUCAUCCACAUUGACCAGCAAAGCCUCACAAUUCAACAAUGAUGCGUUUGACACCUCAAUAGAUAAACACAAGUGCAUCAUUUUUAAAACGUGGAUUUCCACAUGGGUUCAUCUCAAAGGGGAAUGCAAUUUAUUUGAGUUUUUUAUAAAUUAAUCCAGGCGCUCGACAAUAACAGUAUUUACAGUAUUAACACUUCAAAAAGGCCACUGCUCCAGUCGUAUGUUCACGUCACAUGUGGAAAUGACAUGAAUGUACAUGUUUAAAAGGCACUCUUAAACUGCAAUGGUAGGGGGGCGGGGGGCAUCAUCAACAAUACUGUAUUUGAACACACCCUGGACACCUCAUUAGAUACAACCACUCAAUCAAAUCAGAGCAUCACUACCUUUGUGAAUGCGCCAUGAAGCUCUUGUAUUGCUCGGAGAGAUGCACCUAAUGUUGUAGCCGACUAGAGUAUCCUUUAAAUAACCCAUGAACACAAUAAUUUGAAACACGCACACACUUAAAAGCCCAGGCACAGCCGAAACGCACCCGCACAAACAAUAACUUUUAUUCGAAACGAACAUAGAAAAUGUAAAUAAAGUGCAACCUCAUUAAA